AAGAAGGCAAAGACACAAUCAUCUUUGUCACCAAAGAGGAUCAUGCAGCACCCAGCAGUGCUGAACUUGUUGAGGAAGAUCCCAAUGACCCCUAUGAGGAGAGAGGCCUGAUUCUUCCCAGCGGGGAAAUCAACUGGAACUGCCCAUGUCUGGGGGGAAUGGCCAGUGGUCCCUGUGGGACUGCAUUUAAGGACGCUUUCUCCUGUUUCCACUACAGUAAAGAGGAAGUUAAAGGCUCUGAGUGCAUGGACCAGUUCAGGUCUAUGCAGGAGUGUAUGCAGCGUUUCCCAGAGCUCUACCCACAAGAGGAUGACAAGGUGCAGCAAGAGAAAUCUGAAACACAUGAGGCUUCACAAAGCUCUGAAACUGCAGAAAUGUCAGGCACAGACUCUGCCCCGGCCGAAGACUCUAAUACCACACAGUCCAACACAGAGACCUCAGAGGAAAGUUAAUUAUAUGCCUUAGAGCCACACGGCUAGACUAAUAUAAUGUGAUCAGUGAAAAAUCAACAACUAGCUUUGUGUUGAGGCAGAACAAGAUUGAAGAUUCUUUUAUUUAAUUAAGAGCUUUGUGGACCAAGCUGAGUAUACAAAGUGCAUGGGUCCUCAGUGAUAUCAUGGAGGGAAAGAAUGAACACAUGCAAGUAAUGUCACAGGGGAAGCUGCUUUUUCAAACAUUAGACUGACAUUUCUGCUGCUCUCUACACAAAGAAGUGCAUAAAAUAAACCCAGAACACACAUAAUUUUUUCCCUCUGUGAUGUCUCUGCGGUUCUGUUCACACAGAUGUGUAGUGCAUGGUUUUUUACUUCCUGUAUCAUGAUAAACAGUUUACCUGUCUGUACUGUGUUUUACCGUAUAAACCUCUGAAACCGUAAUGUCACUGAAAGAAACACGUUUUACAUCGGUUUUCCAUUUCAUUCUGUUUGCAUCUGUACCAUUUUCUUAUGAUGAUAAACAUAAUGCAUUUCACAUUUAGUUAUAGAAAAUAUAUUUUUAAUGUUUCUAAAUAAAGGAGUAGAACUGAAAGGGGCCCAUUCAGCAGAAGUACUGUGCACAUAACUAACUA